UGUGGAGACCUGUCUAAUCCGGGGAGAAGGGACUCGGCCUCGGUAGGUGGAGCUCCACGUGAGUCCGGCGCCCCUCUGUUGGUUCUGAGAGCUGCAGGUUCACGUGUAAAGACCGAGAACAGCCCUGCAGCAUUUGAGGAAGUGAAGAGAUGAUAACGUAACGCAAGGCGCGGUGGACCGCCCGCUUUCGCCGAGCCGAGCCGAGGACCGGACCGACAUGCCGCCGCGGCGAGUCUUCGCCUUACCGAGGCAGCAGUCGCUGCUGCUGCCGGCGGUCAUCAACCCGUUCGUCCAAGACACCACACUGUCCACAGCUGCUGUCGUUAAAUGUGUCCUGUUGGGGAUCUUCCUGGUCCCGGUUCGAGCCAUCCUCAUGUCGUUGGUGCUGAUGGUGACCUGGCCAGUGUCUUUCAUUAUAACCUUCAUGCAUCCUCUGAAAGGAGCCGUGGAGCCAAUGACAGGCUGGAGGAGGUUCAUGUGUCGGUGGGUGAUGGCCGCCUUGGGGAGGGCCUACUUUUUCUCCAUGGGCUUCCGAGUUGUGGUGAAGGGUAAGAAGGCCAACAGCAACGAGGCCCCCAUUCUGGCCGUGGCCCCCCACUCCACCUUUUUUGAUGGGAUCGUGUGCGUCGUCGCUGGCCUUCCCUCCACUGUCUCGCGUGUCGAGAACUUAGCCACGCCCAUCUUUGGCAGGUUUCUGCGUUGCCUCCAGCCGGUGCUGGUUUCUAGACAGGACCCAGACUCCAGGAGGAACACCAUCCAGGAAAUCGACAGUAGAGCCAAGUCAAGAGGCCACUGGCCGCAGGUCCUGAUUUUUCCAGAGGGAACAUGCACAAAUCGCUCUUGUCUUAUCACUUUUAAACAAGGUGCCUUUAUUCCAGGAGUUCCAGUGCAGCCUGUUGUUAUAAGAUAUCCCAACACAAUGGACACGGUUACUUGGACUUGGCAAGGGUUCAGUUCGAAGACGCUGCUGCUCUUGACUCUGUGCCAGCUCUACACCACCGUAGAGAUCGAGUUCCUGCCGCCACACGUCCCGACGGAGGAGGAGAAGAAAAGCGCGGCUCUGUUUGCCUGCAGAGUGCGCGAAACGAUGGCCCGGGCUUUGGGGGUUCCGGUUACCGAUCACACAUAUGAAGACUGCCGGCUGAUGAUCACAGCUGGAGAGCUGACUCUUCCCAUGGAGGCCGGCCUGGUCGAAUUCACCAAAAUCAGUCGUAAACUCAAUUUAAAGUGGGACAGUAUAAAGAAGGAGCUGGAGGGGUUUGCUGCCAUUGCCGUCUCUUGUAAAGGAGGACGCAUCACCAUCGAGGAGUUUGCAAGUUUCCUGAAAUUACCCAUCAGCCCUGUCCUCGAGGAGCUCUUUGCUCUUUUUGACAGGGAUGGAGACGGCACCAUCGACUUCCGGGAGUACGUUAUCGGUGUGAACAUAUUGUGUCGGCCGGCGAACACAGAAGAUAUUUUACAGAUGGCCUUCCAGCUCUUUGACACGGAUGAUGAUGGGAAAAUCUCCCACGACGAGUUUACUGCCCUGCUGCGCUCCGCUCUGGGUGUGCAUGAUCCAAACAUGUCGAAGCUCUUCAUGCUGAUCGACGCGGACUCCUCCGGUUUCAUCACCUUCAAUGAAUUUCAAGCUUUUGCCAGCACCCACCCGCAGUAUGCCAAGCUCUUCACCACCUACCUGGAGCUACAGCGAUAUCAAGCCACCAGGGAGUCCAUUCCCGGGGAUCUGGAGUUCGACGCCCAGGCAGAAUCGGCCGAAGAUGAAGACGAAAGCGUUUCGGACAAGAAAGACGACUGAACACAACGGUGGUUGGGCUGCAGUAAUAUGAGGAAGAGGAAGGCAGCUACGUGUGACGUUGCUGCUGCAGUAUGUGUCGUAAAUGUCACGGUUUCCGUCUGGUUCAGAGCGCUUUUUAUGACUAUUAGUGCCUUCUAGAUUUCAAAUUUGUAAGUUGAAUGUUUUAUUUUUGUCUCACGAAAAUAAGCAAAUGUUUAAUGGGACGCGGUGAUGUGUAAGUAGUUUGUUUGAACACGUUCAUGAAUAACAUUCACCACUCUUUCUUUUCUCUGAGAUGAACACUUUUAGUUUUUAUAUUCAAACAAGGAAAAACUGCCAAACCAACACAUCUUCACAAGCGGAGAGUCCUCGUGCUCUGAUGUUGCGGUUUAAUUGGUGCUUUAGGAAAGACUCUCCAGCCACAGAUAGAUCCUGUAUUAAAGCUGUUUACAGAGAGCACGGAUGCUUUCUUUGCUUUACACGUCUCCCCUGCGCUCAGCAGGGACACAAACCUUGUAUAAUUAGCCAGAAGUUUGCUUUGCAUGUGUACUUAUUUGCAUUUCUACAGAAGACUGUUGUUGUUGCUGAGACAGCAGCAUGUCUGUGCAGCUUUAGGUUUACUGAAGCAAAGCAGCCAUUAAAAAUAGGGCAAUUUGUGAGCAAAAAGCCAAGCAGUGCUUCUUUACAGCAGCAUAUUCCAGCGGGUAUGUGUGGAGAUUAACAAGCAGCGUUAUUUAUUUAGCAGACUGGAUUACUAUUAUGCAGGCUUUCCUCUUUUUGGUGUGUGGGUACUGCAACGUUUGCUCAUUUUAAAUAAAACACGUUUACAAGUAUG